AUGUUUACAGACCCAUCUGAGAUUUUAUUUUUGGAAGAAUGUUGUAAGUUUACACUCGAUCCAUCAAAGUACAUAUGUUCACUAUUGAUUAUAGAGCUGAUAAAUUGAUAUUUCUACCUGAUACUUUCAGAUAAUACAUCCAAGGAAGAACCAACAUAGUGAUUUCAUAAAAUUAGGAUAUUUUGGAGGCAUGCAUUUUGGAGAGACUUAAAUAUCCGUAUAUUUUAACAUUUAAGUAGCUAAACGAAUCCGUUCGUACUUCUGGUGUAAAUAAAAUAGAAUAUCGAGUACCUAAAGGGAAAACCUUGGUACAGCACUCCUGAAAUCGGAAAUCUUAUUGACUCAUUUACUAUCAUGGUUUAAAAUUACUUGAUGACUAUCCUCUAAUAUCCCGACUAGUUUUCACCCCAAAGGAAAGUAUCAGACAGAGAGUUGGAGCAGACUCAAGGUAUUCCCUUUUAAUAUGAAAGAUCUUUAAAAGUUAAUUGCACGACUUUUUGACAUUUUCGAGACAAUUGGAUUCGAUCCAGAUAUACACAGCCAAUUUAUACAAAGUGUUGGGGAGAGUUUUGGCGAAAACAUGCUACACAUUCAAAUAAUCUAAUAUUCUAGAAUUUGCAUUUCAAAGGUUUCAAUGUAAAAAUUAAAUUAAGUUUCAUGUGUAUAAUGAUUAAUUGAAUCUCUACUUCGGAUUAUUCUAGCAUUAUUUAAAGGAGCCCUCAACCAGAGACUUAAUUUUCCAUGAUUAAAUAGCGAAAUGGUAUAACUGAUUAUAAUCUAUAUAGGAAUGUGAAGACAGAUAGGGGAGAUAUAUUAGAAAAAGAAUUUGUUUUAGGUCCUCUAUUUACAAUAUCAUUGCUAUAAGACAAUAGAUAUGUGAGGGACAGGGCUCAUCAAAGUUUAAAAGUCAAGAUGACGAAGAGAUAAUUUGAACUCCUUCUUAAAUAGUAUUAACAAACUAAUCACAAUCAUGUGGAAAAUUUAGUAUCGCUGAUAAAAUUAUGUCUUUCUAGAAAUACCUUUUAAUAAACAAUACAAUUCUUCAACCAUGUAUGUUUUUGCAACAAGUUCAAAACAAAGGAAGGAUAUCAGCAGAAUAGAAUGAUGAACUUAAGGUAGAAUGUUUCAUCAGAUGGGUUCUUGCUCAAUCUAUAUGACACUUUAUUAUAAUUAUCUAAUAAAAUAUCAGCUAGAGCAGAUGAUACUUACACAAAAAUAGAUAAGCAAUUUUGGUACACCAUUCCAUUUGAGAAAGAACAAAUGCUGUUAUGUAUUUGAUUAUUGUAAUGUUUUUAGCUUCCUCUAUACCUUUAAGCAAAUAGAAUCUUCAGAUUGGCAAUGUAAGUUAUCUAUUUUUCUACACUCUAAAAUUUGUCCAAAUUGGCAUAAUGCCAGUUAUUUAGAGAAUGAAAGACCUGCUGAAAUAGAUGCAAGAAAAUAAGGAUCUCUUAGAAUUAAUGAAGGAUCACCCAAAAGAAGCCUAGCUCAAAUAAGAAAUAGAAGCUUAGGAUGAGGAAGCUCAUUAACUAGAAUUAGUAAUUUUUAACCCUGCAAGAAUUAAAGAUACCAUUUAAUUGUUUGACACCUUCAUCUUUUUAUUUAAAGAAUGGCUUAAUAUUAAUAAAAUGGUUGACGGUUAAACUUAAUGGUAGCAACCAGAUAUUUUAAAUUAUAUUCCAGAGUUUAUAAUUAAUGACAUUAUAGAUUAUGUUGAUUUUUACAUGUAAAACUUUGAAGGUUUCACAGAGAAUUACUUUAACCAUCAAAAAGUAUUGUAUUAUUUAAGAAUUAGUUUAUUGCUAUAGCAGAACUUGGAAUGUAUUUUAUUCAUCUACCAAUUGCAACUAAUAAAUACUUAGCUGGAAAGUUCAUUGAGGUGAUAUUAUUUUUUACUAAAGUUACUAAAAAGUCACUGAACCUAUCAUAUAUUUUUGUUUAAAAUGAAUUGAUAAAAGAGAAUCUCCUUCUGGGAUUGAUAAAUUAAUAUUCAGCAGUUGGAGAAACAGGAGCAAACAAUCAAUUUUAUGCUAAAUUCUAAUACAGAUUUUAUAUUAAUGAUAUUCUGUUCUAAUUAAUGCAACUACAGAUUUAUUAAACAUAAUUAAAGAAAUAUGCAAAAUGUGAAUUAGGGCAGAGGUUGAUUAAGCUUAUGAUAAGUGAUAUGAAUUAUGGUUUUGAGGAGAUAUGGACUAAUUAUUUGGAGACCUAUAAAAAAAAACAAUAAGAUGUUCCAUAAACCUUCGAAUAAAAAUACAACAAAAAAAGAGAACUUGAUAUGAUUAAAUCUUAGAUCUAAUCAAAUUUAUAGAAUAUGAAAUCCAAUUUGAAAUUAUUGGUUGAAUUUAGCAAUCAUAUUCCAAAGGAUCUCAUGAAUGAAUGUAAAAUUAUUUCUUGAUUUUUAAUAGUCUUCUAGGAGAUGAUAUUAAAAAUGCUUAAUUAUUAUCUUGAUAAUUUCUUGAAUGAAAGAAGCAAAGAGAAAUUGGAUUCCUUAAAAAAAAUUGCUGAAAAAGAAUUUAAAUUAGCAGUAUUUCUUUAAUAGAUAGGAACAUUUUUUACAAACAUUUGCAAUGAAAAAAAAGUUGUGAGUAUCCUUGUUAAAGACGACAGAUCCUAUCAUAUCGAAAACUUUCUAAAGUUAGAAUAGAUCUUCAGAAACAAUAUCGCUGGAUAAUAAGAUAAGGUUGAAAAAUUAAGUAGAUUUAUUCAAAGUUUGUCACUCAAAGCAGAAAAAAAAAAAUUCCUGGAAUCAAUUCUAGAAGCGACUCAGAUUCCAGAGAGAUUUUAAGAUCCUAUCUAUGGAGAAGUAUAAUUUAAAUGAGUAAUCUAGUUAAUGAGAGAUCCUGUUAUGUUGCCCCAAUCCAAAGAAAUUAUGGAUAGAAAAGUUAUCGUCACUGCAUUACUAGAAAAAAAACAAGAUCCCUUCACAAAUACUCCUUUGGAUGCCAAAGAUCUGAUUCCUCAACCACAACUAAAAAAGGACAUUGAAACAUGGCUUGCUUAAAUCAAGAAACAAAGAGACAUCAAAGUGCAGGAAGCUUAGAAGAAUAAGAUGCAAACUGAAAUUCAGUUUUAACAAACUUAAAGUUUUAAAUUAUAGGACGAGGAAGACGAUCUAAAUGUAUUUAAAGGGAAUAGAUAUGAAGAUGAUUGAGUUGAAAUAAAAUAUAUGGAUAUUUUAUUUAAGAAGAAAG